AUGUCCGAUACUUCGAUGUUGGACCAACUCGAAGAUGACUCAGUCCUCAAAUCUAUCUACGCGAAGAUCAUCGGCGGCGAGGCACCAGAGCGCCAACGAGUGGAUUCUAAUGCCAGCGUCAACGAGGCUGAGGCCAAACGUAUGAGCAUCUACAAGGCCGCAUCUCGCCCUACUUCUGCCACGAUAGACCAGCCUUCUACCUGCCACCAACGUCUCGCCGCCAUCAUCAUCCCCACGAAUCCGUCUUCAGCAUCGCGUCCAUCUCGUCCUAUGGCUACGCUAUCCACAACGGCGCGCCGGAUCCAUUCGACUACGGAUUGCCUCUCCAUGUCGAUGACAGUUGAAGAUACGUUCGAGUUCAUGCACAAUCGGCCUACUCGUCGCCGUGUCGAGAGCGAUGCCUCAAGCUUCUACUUCCAUGCGCCGGCAUCUCAGCAAAAUGGAGGUUGCGGCCACCGUCGUCAACAGUCGAACAUGUCGGUAUCCUCUCUCGCUCCACCCAUCGGCCUCUAUAACCGUAGCUUCGGCCACCAUCGACGCAACGACUCCUCUGCGAGUACCAACUCCGUCGCCGUCUCCUUCCCAAAGCACGGCACAAACCCCGGAGUUCCAGCUUAG